CAUACACGCACACAUACACAUACACACACACAUACACACACGUAGACAUAUACACGUACACACAUUACUCCACAUCUUCCCUCUCCUCUUCCUCUCCACCAAUCUCUCUCUCUCCUUCCACCAGCCUCGUCUCAAUAUCGGCUCACGUCCGUUUUCGCUCGCCGGCUGGGAGGAAAAGAGAAAAGGAGUGUGAGAGUGUGAGAGUGAGAGAGAGAGAGAGAGAGAGAGAGAGAGAGAGAGAGAGAAACUGCAUAAAAAAGGGGAAGACAGAAAGAGAGAGAGAGAGGGAGGGAGAGAGUGAGUGUUUUGUGUGUAAGAGAGAUAGAGAUAGAGAGAGAGAGAGAGAGAGAAAGAGAGAGAAAAUGUGAUAGAGGGGGUGGAGAUUUUUUGCCGGUCGGUUGGAGAAAGAGAGAGAAAGAGUGAGAGAGAGAGAAAGAGAGAGAGAAAGAAAGAAAGAAAGAAAGAAAGAAAGAAAGAGAUAAUUCUAUGAGAGCGUGAGAGAACGAAAAGAGAGAGAGGGAGAUAGAGAUAGAGAUAAAACUGAUCGACGACGAGAGAAUAUAAGAAAAGAAGAAGAGCCGAUAGAAAAUGUGGUGAGAAGGAAGAAGUGUGCUUCUGUGUAUGGUGCAGUGCGGGGUGUCGUGCUUCUUUUUCUUCUUCUUCUUCUUCUUCUUCAUCUUCUUCUUUUUCUUCUUUCAUUGGAAAGAGAGAGAGAAAGAAAGAAAGAAAACGUCGCCGCCGUAUAGAAGAUAAGAGAAGAGAAAAGGAGAAAGGAAGAUAGAGGAUGGCGUGGUCGGAUUUAACAUGUGUCUAUUCGCCGUGACGUGGAAAGGCACGUUUACGACAUUAAGAAGAAAAUAAGAAGAAGAAGAAGAAGACCAAAUUUUCUAAACCCGAGUGGAUUUCUUGGGACAAAUCUGAAGAAAAUCGAGUAAUCCUUGGUAUCCCGGAAUCAAGAGAACGUGUCACACACGUUGAAUAAAAUCCAAGAGCAAGAAAAGAAAAAAAGAAACGAAUAAAAAUAAGACAUUAGUUAUAAAUGACAUUGUGGUUAUUGUGUCGAGAACAUUAGAAAGGUACCAUCAAACAGAUCAAUGGAUGAGAAGGAUCCCGCCUGUACCUUUGGAUUAUAUUGAAAAAAUAUGAGACACUGAUCAGACCUUUUAAGAUUUUCUUAACCUCAUUCAAUUCAGGAAUGAUUCUUAGAUACAUAUAUAUCUAGAUUAGAAAAGUGACGAUGUCUUGUCUAAUGUUAUCCGGUAAUCGGAAAAUACCCCCGACAGGUUCCUUAGGAGUGCUAUUAACGUUAUCGAAGAAGGGUGAUAUAAGAAAGAAGAAGUGGAUCCUUACGGAUCCAAAACUCAGCGGCAAACCGUCGGCACUGAAACCGUCCGGCAUUCUAAAUUAAGGAAUGGAGGGAACGUGGCAGUGGGAGCAGCGAAAGCACUGCCAUAUCAUACUGCUUAAUCCUUCGUCGUACGUAAAGAAAAACCCGAGACAAGUUGCAGAUAAACGAGAACGACUGCAGAACAGUCCUGGCAAGGAAGAAGACAGUAGACCUAAGAGGUGGAACGAAGAAGAAGAGGAACUGUAGCGUUGGAAGAUUGGAAGGAGCUUCCUUUUUUUUUGUUUUUCGGCAUCGAUCCUUUGGAAGGAGAAAGAGAGAGAGAGAUAGAAAGAGAGAGAGAGAGAAAGAGAAAAAGAGAGAGAGAGAGAAAGAGAAAAAGAGAGAAAAGGAAAGAGAAAAAGAGGCUCGCAAUGGGCCCAAAAGAGCAAAACGUGACUCACUGAGCAAUGCAAGUAGUUAGGGCUGGGGCCCUGCUAGUGAGCAUGUGGCUCACUAGAGAAUGAAGAAACAAAACGUCCGGACCCUAUCGUUGAUCGUCUCUACAUUCACCUACCUCCUCGUCGGCGCUGCGAUCUUCGACGUUCUCGAGUCCGAGACGGAGAAACGACGCAAGGAAGCACUGGAUGCCAUUGAGAAAAUGGUCAUACGCAAAUACAAUAUCAGCGAGGACGAUUUUAAAAUCAUGGAAACCGUGGUUCUGAAAACGGAGCCGCACAAGGCAGGCCAACAAUGGAAGUUUGCGGGUGCUUUCUACUAUGCAACCACGGUUCUCACCACAAUCGGUUACGGACACUCAACGCCAAAUACCAUAAGCGGUAAACUUUUCACGAUGUUCUAUGGAAUCGUUGGAAUCCCUUUAGGGCUCGUGAUGUUCCAAAGUAUAGGCGAACGCCUUAACAAGUUCUCAUCCGUUGUAAUACGGAAUGUGAAGAGUCUUCUCAAUUGUAAGGAUGUCCAGGCUUCAGAGAUAAAUUUAAUCUGCGUUGUUACGACCUUGUCGUGUCUGACCAUCGCUGGUGGUGCAGCAGCUUUCUCCAGAUACGAAGGGUGGUCUUAUUUCGAUUCCAUUUAUUAUUGCUUCAUCACUCUGACAACCAUAGGUUUUGGUGAUAUGGUAGCUCUUCAAAAGGACAAUGCUUUGGACAAUAAGCCAGAGUACGUAAUGUUCGCCUUGAUAUUUAUUUUAUUUGGAUUGGCCAUCGUUGCGGCCUCCCUUAAUUUAUUGGUCUUGAGAUUUGUCACGAUGAAUACCGAGGAUGAAAGACGAGACGAGGCCGAAGCAUUGCAGGCAGUACAGGAAGCAGUACGUUUGGAAGGUGAUGUGAUAACAGCAAACGGCUCGAUAUUGUCGGAGCGAGUCGGUAAUCACGGUGAAACGGUUUCGUUGGACGACGAGGCAUCAGUAUGUAGCUGUCGCUGUAGCGGCUUUCAAAAGAAACGCCGGAGACCACGUUUUACGGUUCGUCGCUCACCCGGCAAGAUUUCUCAUCUAUUACCGAUGCAGCAAUUUUCACAACCGAAUCAACGAGCCGAAUUGAGACCACCCCAGUUGGCGUCAUUGGUACAAUUACAAAUGUUGCAUCAACAUCGUGCCAGUAUCUGACAACGUUCUCGUGCUUCUUCGUUAAAUUCCAUAGAACGUAAGCCAAGACGAGAGUCCGUCUGAUCGUACAUCAUAGAAUAGCGAAAAAUUUCGAUGUUCGAUCAAGGACCAAGUCGACGGCCAAACUAAGUCGUGUUCAACAACGUGUCUCGUCUUGUUGUCAAUAAUUUCGAUGUAAUUUUUAAUAGACGGCACUGAUAUCAACAGUUUAACUUUCUUCGUGGAAAAAAAAAAAAAAAAAAAAAAAAAGAAAAGAAAAGACAAAAACCAAACAAAAAAGAAACAAACUAUUCUGUCUACUGUGCACCAACAAGCACCUCGUUCGAACGUCAAAGAAACAACGUCGGUGGAGUAUGAAACCAAUUGCGUACAGCUUGGCUCUUCCUUUCAUUUUCUACUCGGACGAACAUUAUUAUAUACGUUAAUCCAUUGAUUUCAUUUUAUAUCCGAUAAAGUUAAUUCGUAUCUCUUAUCUUAAAUUAUUAUACACGUACUUAUCUGUGUCCCUGAGUUAUCACAGUAAAAAUAUAUCUAUACGUUUUGUUUGUUAGAUUGACAAUUGCCGUAGAAAAUAAUUGUAAUGGAGUGAAGUAUAGAAAAAAGAUAGAUAAAGAGAAAGAGCGAAAGAGAGAGAGAGAGAGAGAGAGAGAGAGAGAGAGAGAGAGAGAGAAAGAGAGAGAAAUAGAGAUUCAUUUGUCCGAGUUCCACUGAUCGUCGUGUAAGCCCAGACGUGUUAUAUGUAAUACAUGAUAGAUAGACGUUCCACGUGCGGAGCAAUUUUCUUGCCUUUCAUCGAGAAGUAAUAUCUAUUUGAAUAUUUUUUAAUGUCAAAGAAUAUAUCUUUAGUAUUUCAAAUUUCGACAUGGUAUAUGUAUGUACACGAGGUAUAAGUAGUAUCAAUGUUGAAGAGUGGUUAGUAGCGAGCCAGCCGAACGUUUCCAUGCGUGUAUCGUGGCGACGAAAUUUAAAAAUUAGAAGAAAAAGAAAAGAAAGAGGAGAAAAAGAGAAAGAGAGAGUGAGAGAGAGAGAGAGAGAGAGAGAGAAGAAAAGAAAAGAAAAGAAAAGACAAAACCAAAGAAAAACAAAAAAAGCUUUAAUGAAGACGACCAACCUCCCCAAUAAACAAACAAAUAAACAAAUAACAAUCUCGGAUCGUUCGACGACUCGUUACAAUAACAGCAAAAAAAAAAGAAAGAAAAAAAAUGAAAAAAAAAAAUAAUAAAAAAAAUAAAAAAAAUAAUUAUUGAUAACGGUCUCCAGUAUGUUUCUAAUGAGAGCUCGUCAUAUUUGUAUAUGACGUGCAUCGUGCACCGAUUCGUGAUCGAUGAUAAAAUUCGAUGAGAAGCCAAACGAUUCGAUGCACCGAAUUGAUUGUUACUUCGUUCGAUCACAAAUUAAUAAUAAUAAUAAUAAUAAUAAUAAUAAUAAUAAUAAUAAUAAUAUUAAUAUUAAUAUUAAUAAUAAUAAUAAAACGAAAGGGUGAAAAGAGGUCAGCUAUUAUACUUCAUACGUCUCUGUUAUUAUCGACUACAAAGUAAAAACCAAAAAAAAAAAAAAAUGAAAUAAAAAGAAAAAUUAAAAAUCAAGAGAGUGACGUAUGAAUUCGAGAUUUGUAAUAUAUUAGGAUUAUAGUUAUACAUAUAUGAAACACAACGAUCUUACAAGAUCGGGAGUCAUUUUUAUGAAUACAAGAAGUACGAUAUAUACACAUGAGACUUAGUAGAAACUAAAAGAAAGAUGUAGAAAGAAAGAGAGAGAGAGAGAGAGAGAGAGAGAGAGAGAGAGAGAGAGAGAGAAAAUAAAUGAAUAAAAGAAAAAAGGGGGGAGAGAGAGAUAGAACGAAUUUGAGAAGCGUCUAACCAAUUCCAUUUCUAAUUUAGCACAUUCAUUUUAAUUCUGAGCUCAUCAUUUGAGGCAUCACAUUUUUUCUUCCUUCAUGAACAAAAUAAAUAUCUUAAAAUUUUUGAAAUAAUUGUUACGUAGAAAAAAACCUUAAGUCCCGAUCCGUUACGACGUUAAAUGCCCGCCAAUCUUUUUGACAAAUAAUAUUUGUAUACAUUUCUCCGCUAAUCGUAGAGUAGAUAUUAUUUGAUCGGUGAAAAAAAGAUAAAAAGAAAGAGAUAGAAAUAGAGAGAGAGAGAGAGAGAGAGAGAGAGAGAGAGAGAGAGAGAGAGAGAGAGAGAGAGAGAGAGAGAGAGAGAGAGAGAGAAAGAAAUACACUCCCAACUGUUCAUAACUUAAAAAUAAAAAUCGAAUUAAAUUAAUGGCACGUGAAUAUUAAAUGGCGUUUUUAAAUCGAUAAGAUUUUGUAAUAAAUCAACCAAAAAUAUUCGUAUUCGUUUUUUUUCUUUUCUUUUUUUUUUCUUUUUUUUUUCUUUUUUCUCUUAUUUUCUUUUUUUUUUUUACUUCUUUGUAGACGGAGAUAUCACGGAAAUGUCAAGGUUCGUAAUAUAAUAUUCCGUGAAUAAUCGCUUAUCGUAGGACGAUAUUUUGCCGAGAAAAUCCAGCGAUCUUGCAUAAUUCAUUUUUUUUAAACGUUGCUAAAUGAUAAUACGAUGCCAGGUGCAAAAAAAAAAAGGAAGAAGAAAAUAAUAAUAAUUAUAAUAAUAACAUUAAUAAUAAUAAUAAUAAUAAUAAUAAUAAUAAUAAUAAUAAUAAUAAUAAUAAUAAUAAUAAUAGAACGACCAUCGAAAAUUGUCUACCCCUGGAAUCCGUUUUCCCGGAAAUAUCUCUCUAUUAUUGGUAGCACCAAAUGCCUUCUUUUUAAAAACCAUUUAAGAUGAAUAUUAAUCGAUCGAUAAUGCACAAUAUUUUAAAAUAAGAUUCUGAAAUGCGUUUUAAAAUCCGAAUCCAGAGUAACAAUGAAAAAGAAAAAGAAAAAGAAGAAAAAAAAAAGAAACAGAGAAAGAAAGAAGGAAAGAAAGAAAGAAAGGAAGGAAGGAAGGAAGGAAGGAAGAGCGAUUAACACACAGAAAAAUCGUUAUUUAACGCUAAUUAAGUCAAAACCUUAUCUCUUCGCUUAAUGUUUAAAUAGAAAGGCCGCGUAAUCGGCUUUAUACACAUAACGAAUUUCUUUAGAAACAAAAAUCUCGUUCAAUUUGUAAAUGAUGUGCCUGCUUAAAGUGUCAAAAGAGGAAGAAGAAGAAGAAGAAGAAGAAGAAAAAAAAAAAAGAAAAAAGAGAAAAAGAAACCAAUGAACGAUUAUUAAAUUGCUCCGAAAUGAUUAUAUUAUUAUUAGUACGGGCAAGUACAAAAAAGGACCCGUAGAUAGUAAAAAGGAGAAAAAUAAGAAGAGUAAUUUCACGGUUAUGCGAAUUUUAGAUUUAAUCAUCCGGUUUAAUCAUUAUUAUCGAGUCAUUAUGUUUCGAAUUAUAAUUCGAAACUAAUAGCUAACUCAAAACAAAGUAUAUCAAUCAAAAUCGAUAUCUUUCAUCGAUAUGAACUUCUUACAUACAUAAAUAAUUACGAACGAAUCUCGCAUGACAAAUUUAUUCGAAUUUUUUGCGCUACGUUAAUUAAAAAAAAAAAAAAAAAAAAAAAAAAAAAAAAAAAAAAUAAAGAAAAAAAUAGAAAAAAAAAUACAAAUCACGCGAAAAUAACGACGACUUAUUAGGAGAGAUUGAUUGAUUGAUUGAUUGAUUGAUUGAUUGAUUGAUUGAUUGAUUGAUUGAUUGAUUAAUAGAACGUUCAUUAGUUAAAUCGGUUUUUUACAAAUUUAAACAAUUAUAUAAUUCCUGUGAAUAAUUCGAAUAUUCUAAUAUACAUAAUAUAUCAGUAAAAUCGAUCGAAAUAAUCAAUUAUUGCGUAAUGAUUCUUAUGUAAAAUCUUGUUUCUUCAUGAGAAAAAAACAACAACAAUAUAUAUAUAUAUAUAUAUAUAUAUAUAUAUAUAUAUAUAUAUAUAUAUAUAUAUAUAUAUCGUAUAUUGAUUACAAUUCGUAUAAAAUUAAUUUAUUUAUUAUUUUUUACAACAACCGAAGUACACAUACUCUCAUUAUAGAUAGGAUUCGAACGAUCAAUUCUAAUGAAAUAGACCGUUGCUCAUUUAAUAUUUAUAAAAUGAAAUUUAUUAUGUUUCAAUGUGUCACGGUAGUUGUAAGAAAAAAAGAAAAAGAUGAUUUUUUAUCUACCACAAUACAUAUUAUGAAACGACCAUAAAAUAUCACAUACGAAAAGAGAGAAAAGGAGAAAGAGAGGAGAGAGAGGGAGAAGAGAGAGAGAGAGGAGAGAGAGAGAGAGAGAGAGAGAAAGAGAUAAAAAAAAGAGAAUAACAAAUCUAUUAAAAAUAAUCUCAAAACCAGGGUGAAUACAUAAAUACGCUCGUCGAAAGACACUACCUAUCGAUUGUAAUAUAAUGUAAUAUAUUAUUAAGAUACACAGAGAUGGUGGUUGAAAUUUCGAGUCUAAUUUGACAACUUGUAAAUAAGCGUUUUUUGGAUAAUUCAAGGAUACACAUAUAAGAUAUGUACAAUAAAAUAUGCCGAUAUAUUGUAUUUAGAGUUCUACGACGUACAUAUAUAUGUAUAUAUAUAUAUGCAUAUAUAUAUAUAUAUAUAGCUCAUCUUUCAAACUUCUUUUUUUAGUAAAUAACGAUAAAACUUUAAUGUUAAUAUCAUAGAUGACCGCUUACUCGAGACGCAAAGAUCGCAUUUUAUCUCUAAUAUAUUAAACAUAUUUAAAUUUCUCUUAUUAAAGAAAAAAAAAAAAAAAAGAAAAAAAAACCGUAAGAAAAAUCCAAAAAAAGAAAAGAAAAGAAUCUGAGUACGUCGUCAAUGUAAUUUUCAGAUUUAACGUAUCACUUAGUAAGUUUCAUUAAUAAAUUUAUAGAAAUGGAAUUCUUAUAAGAAGGAAAAUGAUCGAAUUGAUUAUAAAACGUAUAUGAAAAUUAGAUAUUUCGUUAAUAUUUACAUUGUAAUUAAACAAUUAAAAAUUUUUCCUCGUUUCAUAAAUAAUAAAAACAAUAUUUGAUAAUUGCCAAUGUUUUUUUAUUUUCUAUUUUUUUUUUUUUUUUUCGUUUGAUUGCAAUUCAUCUUGAAUGUAAUUCUAUUUGUAAAAGCAUGCAAUGAUGAUAAAACAUAAUUCUGUAUAUUAUUAUUAUUAUAAUCAUACAAAAAACAAAGUUUAUUAAAAUAAUUAUGAGAGAACAUUUCCUUCUUAUAAUUCGAAUGAUUUGUCAAAAUGAACUUUUCAAUGAAAAAUAUUAUGUGCAUUAAUAACAAAGAAUCGUUAAUAAUAUUUGCAAUUAAAAAUUUUGUAUUUUUUUUUUCUUUUUUUUUUUUUUUUUAUUUUUCGUCUCGCUGUAAGAUAAUAUUCAUUUUUUGAUUACUGUGUCGCAAUAAUGAUGCGAAUAAGGAACAAAAAGGAAAGAAAAAAAAAAAAAAAAAAAAAAAAAAAGAAAAAAGUAAAAUAGAGUAAUCAUUGAUUGAAUCUUCCGUUGACUUUUCGCCAAAAUUUGUUUACGUCGUGAUUCCACUUUUUUCUUAAUGCACAAGAAAAAAAAACAUAUGUAAAUAAAUUAAAUACAAAGAGAUGAUAUAAAUCGAAUAUUUAGCGAUGUGAAAAUAAAAAAUUUUCACAUUUUUAAUCUCGCAUUAGCAGGUAACGAACACCAUAAAGAAAAAGAAAGAGAGAGAGAGAGAGAGAGAGAGAGAGAGAGAGAGAGAGAGAGAGAGAGAGAGAGAGAGAGAGAGAGAGAGAU